AUGGCAUUGAGAAGAGACAGCCUCGAUCUGUCGAUAGGAAAGCUCUCAGGCAAAGACCCUAAGGCAAUUACCUCCGCUGGUUGUACGAUUGCUCGCGCCUUUUCCGCGGAUCCCCUGGUGCACUGGCUGCGACUGGAUACCCCAUCCUGGAGCGAACUACGACCCGACACGCUUGCCUUUCAGGCAUGGCGGAUGCGGGUUGCCAUGCUGGGAGGUCGUGUGUACUACACGGAUAAUAUUGGAAGCCUACAGUGUCAGCUCUUGCAGAGAUCACCCCGGGACAAUAUGCGGACUAUGGGACCCACACUAGGACACUUGCUCGGUAACCCGGGUGGCGUUGCUAUUCUUCACCCAUCCGACAGGAAAAAGAGAAAGUGGCUCUCGUACUAUUUGGGAUUUUUCAGUCUGUUAAAAGAGUAUAGACGCAACCCGUUGCCAACUAAUACGCCGUUGCAGGAUCGGCGGUGGGAUACUUCCUCUCGAGUCCAUGAGGAGUCGCUCCGGCUUGUUAGGGGCAUUCUUCCUCGGCGACAAAAGUUUUGGUACAUUGAAGUUCUGGCUAUUGAUCCAUUGCUGCAGCGUCAGGGUCUGGGCAGACGGAUGAUGGUAGAGAUAAUUCGACUGACUGGUGACGAACCGCUGGUUCUUGAAUGUACUUGGAAGGAAAAUAUCAAUUUCUACAUGGCAUUGGGUUUUGAGGUGAUUGAAACUGUGACCCUAACAGACACGGUGUGUGACUGUGUGGAUGCUGCUAGGUAUUGGGUCAUGCUCCGCAAUUCCGGUAAAGGUAUCUAG